AUGGAGAAUAUCAUCUACGACUUCUACUCUGAUCUCUUCGACACCUACGUCCACUUGCCUCCUGACCAUCUGAUGGAAGACAGACAUGUCAUUCCAGAGGUUCUCCCGUCCGACAUACGACAUGCUAUCAUGUCGGUAAGAAAUCGUACGGCACCCGGUCCCGACAGAAUAAGACCAGAACAACUGAAGAACCUUCCGCCAGUACUCAUCAACACCCUAGCGAGGCUCUUUACACGUUACCUGUCGGAAUGCAAGGUUCCUAAACAGUGGAAGACCAGCAAGACCGUGUUGCUGUAUAAAAAGGGAGAUCCACAUGACAUCGGCAACUAUCGCCCAAUCUGCUUACUGUCCGGUCUUCAGCUGAAUCUAGACAAGACGAUUUUCAUGCGUAACGGAUGGGUCUCGGAUGCCCAAUUCUCGCUCAACGGAACGAACUUAUCCGAUUGCACCAACUACGUUUAUCUGGGUCGGGAAUUGAACAUGAUGAACGACCUGGCUACUGAGCUGGGCAGGAGGAGACGAGCGGCUUGGGGAGUGUGUAAGAGCAUCGAGGAUGUAGUGAAGAAGACCAAGAACACACGGCUCCGUGCUCAUCUCUUCAACACCACCGUAUUUCCUGCUUUGACCUAUGGUUCGCAAACCUGGGCAUUUCGCAAGCAGGAAAAAACGCGGUGA